AUGCCUGUAGCCGAUAGCAAACCCAUCCAUAAAGUAGUUGUGCACCCGUUAGUGCUUCUAAGUGUCGUGGAUCAUUUCAACAGGAUGGGAAAAGUUGGAAAUAUUAAACGGGUUUGUGGAGUACUACUUGGAUCCAACCGGCAAGGUGUCCUCGAUGUGUCUAAUAGUUUUGCCGUUCCAUUUGAUGAAGAUGAUAAGGACAAAUCUGUGUGGUUUCUGGACCAUGACUACCUGGAGAAUAUGUACGGAAUGUUCAAAAAAGUCAAUGCACGUGAAAAAGUUGUUGGAUGGUAUCACACUGGCCCAAAGUUGCAUCAAAAUGAUGUAGCUAUCAAUGAACUUAUGCGGAAAUACUGUCCAAACUCAGUAUUGGUUGUUAUUGAUGCCAAACCUAAAGAUCUUGGUUUACCAACUGAAGCAUAUAUUGCUGUUGAAGAAGUACAUGAUGAUGGAACCCCAACAACCAAAACCUUUGAACAUGUGAGCAGUGAAAUUGGAGCAGAAGAAGCUGAAGAAGUUGGUGUGGAACAUUUAUUAAGAGAUAUCAAAGACACAACUGUAGGUACCUUGUCUCAGAGAAUUACCAACCAACUGAUGGGUCUAAAAGGUUUACACAGUCAUAUAGAUGAUGUGAACAGGUACCUGGAGAAGGUAGCAUCAGGUCAAUUGCCUGUCAACCAUCAGAUAAUCUACCAUCUUCAGGAUGUGUUCAACCUGCUGCCUGAUGUCAACCUGCAAGACUUUGUCAAGGCUGUCUAUGUAAAGACCAAUGAUCAGCAUCUUGUUGUUUACCUGGCUGCCCUCAUUCGCUGCAUCAUUGCUCUGCAUAACUUGAUCAACAACAAAAUACAGAACAGAGAUGCUGAGAAAAGCGAGGGCAAAGACAAGAAAGAGAAAGGUGAUGAUAAAGAUAAGAAAGACAAAAAAGAUGAUAAGGACAGUGAUAAGAAAGACUCUGAUAAAAAAGAUGCCAGCACUUCUAAAUCCAAGUAA